UUCGCGGCAGAAACUUUGAAACUUUAAAGUUCCUAGCACGCUUCUAGUAAUGGCAAAGUAGCUUCGAGUGUUGCUUAGAAGCGGCCUUUACUCUUCAUUUCGAGGCGAAGUAAAUGUGGUGCUCUGUCAAUGGAGACGGCAUUGGGGUCGUCGCUACACAAAGAGGCUGUCUGACAUUACGCUGCUCGAGGAUUGUCGGGGACGAACAACAAUUGGAGAAGCAACCAGGACAGAACACCAAAGACCGGGAAACACACACAACCCAUGCUCGAACGAGUUGAGAAAAACAAGAUUCCUCUUCAGAACACAGGACAAGGGGUGUUAACUUCCCAUUAAAGAUCCAAGUGAUACCUGUGCGUUUGAGUUCUUGAGUCCCAUCCUUAUGGAUCCACAGCUGCAAGAAAUGUGCCUCUCCCCAAAGUUCAGUGUUCAGCUCUCGAGAGUGAAAGUGGAACCUCCUGACGCUGCAUGUCUACACGAACAGGGACAGAUAAAGGAACAGUACUGCAGCGAGUCUCCAUCAAGAAGCGAUAGUUACGGGGAGACAGCUGCGAUGUACCACAUCAAAGAAGAACCUCAAGAGCACUGUUCAAGUGAACAUCCCAUCGUAGAAGUGAAAACCGAGCCGUACAACACUGCAAUCUUGGCGGAACAGGACCAGAUGGGACACAGACAAAACUCAAUGUCUGGAGGAGCAAGAGAAACCACUGCUUUGCUCCACGUAAAGGACCAGCCCAGAGGCAUUUGCGAUGAAGAAUCUUCAGGUUGCACUUUUUCAGAGACACCGUUCAAGAUCAGCGCAAUAACCGUUGAACCACAAUUUGACAGCACUUCACGAGUCAUUACAAACAGUCGAGCCACUGAACGACUUCAAGACCAAAGCGAGCCAUGUGCACUUGUGUACAGCCGGAAGCACCACACGUUUGCACAGUGUCAGAAUGACUCUGAAAUAUGUUCUACUGCUUCUCCACUGGGUGUUGAAAUGGGAGAGGAGGGUACUGGGUGUGUCAUCUGUUCCUCCUCUCUUCCUGCAUUCUCGCGGUCGAGGAGUGAUGAGAACUGCGUGUCGAGGUGUAGAGACGAGAAGCCAUGUAUGUCCAACCUCUGUUCUGCGCAUCUCUGCAGGAGCACGAGCCUGUUGUGUCACGCACGAGCACACACAGGCAAGAAGCCGCACAGGAGUGACCACCACAUUUCAAAUUUCAACCAGAUUGUGCACCAGUUGCGCCUUCGUAAGCGAGCGUGCACGGAUGAGAAGCCAUACAAAUGCGAUGUCUGUCCUGCACAAUUCACCCGGAGUGCCCAAAUGAACUAUCACUGGCGGACACACAUGGGCGAGAAGCCAUACAAGUGCAAUCUCUGUCCUGCAGAGUUCAGUUUGAGCGGCAAUCUACAGCGUCACAAGCACACACACACGGGCGAGAAGCCCUACAAGUGUGAUGUCUGCCCUGCAGAGUUCAGUCAGAGAGGGAGUCUACAGGGUCACAAGCGCACGCACACAGGAGAGAAGCCAUACAAGUGCGAUGUCUGCCCUGCGGAGUUCAGUCAGAGAGGGAGUCUACAGGGUCACAAGCGCACGCACACAGGAGAGAAGCCAUACAAGUGCGAUGUCUGCCCUGCGGAGUUCAGUCAGAGAGGGAGUCUACAGGGUCACAAGCGCACGCACACAGGAGAGAAGCCCUACAAGUGUGAUGUCUGCCCUGCAGAGUUCAGUCAGAGAGGGAGUCUACAGGGUCACAAGCGCACGCACACAGGAGAGAAGCCAUACAAGUGCGAUGUCUGCCCUGCGGAGUUCGCCCGGAGCAACCAUCUACAGGAUCACAUGUGGAGACACACGGGCGAAAAGCCAUACAAGUGCGAUGUCUGCCCUGCAGAGUUCAGCCGGAGCGGCCAUCUACAGCGUCACAAGCAGACACACACGGGCGAAAAGCCCUACAAGUGUGAUGUCUGCCCUGCAGAGUUCAGUCAGAGAGGAGGUCUACAGGGUCACAAGCGCACGCACACAGGAGAGAAGCCAUACAAGUGUAAUGCCUGCCCUGCGCAGUUCAGCUGGAGCGGACACCUACAGCGUCACAAGCAGACACACACGGGCGAAAAGCCCUACAAGUGCGAUGUCUGCCCUGCAGAGUUCAGCCGGAGCGGCCAUCUACAGUGUCACAAGCAGACACACACGGGCGAAAAGCCCUACAAGUGCGAUGUCUGCCCUGCAGAGUUCAGCCGGAGCGGCCAUCUACAGCGUCACAAGCAGACACACACGGGGGAGAAGCCAUACAAGUGCGAUGUCUGCCCUGCGCAUUUCAGCCGGAGCGACCGCCUACAGCAUCACAAGAAGGCACACACGGGCAACAACCCAUAGAAGUGUAAUGCCUGCCCUGCAGAGUUCAGCGAGACCAUAAAUGUACAGCAUCACACGCAGACACACACAGGCGAGAAGCCAUACAAGUGUGACGACUGCCCUGCGGAGUUCAGCCAUAGCACAAACAUACAUUGUCACAAGGACACGCACACGAGUGAGAAGCCGUACAAAUGUCAUAUCUGCCCUGCAGAGUUCAGCUACAGUGGGAACCUACAGCAGCACUAGCGGACACAUACGGGCGAGGAGCCAUACAAGUGCAAUAUCUGCCCUGCGGAGUUCAGCCAAAAUGAGGACCUACAGAAUCACAAAUGGACACGCACGAGUGAAAAGCCAUACAAGAGCGGAAACCUUCGGCACAAGCGGAGACGUACGCUCUAGAAGCAGUACAAGUGCGAUCUCUGCUCUGCAGAGUUCGGCCAUAGCACGAGCCGGUCGUAUCCAUAGCUCGGCAUCUGGAUAAAUAAAGCAUGAGUUGAGCCACA